UACCUCUUGCUGCUGCACAGAUGAGCAUCUGAAGGUGCCCUUCUCAGACAUCUGCAAACAUGGAGACCUCGUCAAUGCUCUCCUCGCUGAAUGACGACUGCAGGUCUGACAACUACAUCGAGCCGCACUACAAGGAAUGGUACCGAGUGGCCAUCGAUACAUUGAUUGAACAUGGGUUAGAAGCCUACCAAGAAUUCCUUGUUAAGGAGAGAGUUUCAGACUUUCUAGCUGAGGAAGAAAUUAAUUACAUUUUGAAAAAUGUCCAGAAGUUUGCACAAAAUACAGCACACGGUGCUGAUAAUGCCUGUGAUGACACUUCCUCUUCAGGAACUUACUGGCCCAUUGAAUCUGAUGUGGAGGCUCCGAAUCUUGAUUUAGGCUGGCCGUAUGUGAUGCCUGGACUCUUAGGGGUUACCCAUGUAGACCUCCUCUUUCAUCCACCCAGAGCACACCUACUUACAAUAAAGGAAACUAUUCGGAAGAUGAUAAAAGACGCAAGAAAGGUCAUUGCUAUAGUGAUGGAUAUAUUUACUGAUGUGGACAUUUUCAAAGAAAUAGUGGAGGCAUCAACUCGAGGAAUAUCCGUAUACAUUUUACUUGAUGACUUCAAUUUUAAUCAUUUUCUAAGUAUGACUGAAAAGCAGGGUUGUCAAAUUCAACGUCUCAGGAACAUCCGUGUGCGGACAGUAAAAGGCCAAGAUUAUCUUUCAAAAACAGGAGCAAAAUUCCAUGGAAAAAUGGAGCAAAAAUUUUUGUUAGUUGACUGUCAGAAAGUGAUGUAUGGUUCUUACAGCUACAUGUGGUCAUUUGAGAAAGCCCAUCUCAGCAUGGUUCAGAUAAUCACAGGACAACUUGUGGAGUCAUUUGAUGAAGAAUUUAGAACUCUCUAUGCCAGAUCCUGUGUCCCCAGUUCCUUUGCUCAGGAUGAGUCAGCAAGGGUGAAGCCAGACAAAGCCCUCUGGGAGAAUGGCAUUUACCCGAGAUCUGUUGCUUCAUUAGCUUCUGUUUCCAGCCAAAGAAACCUUUUUGGUAGACAAGACAAAAUCCAUAAGCUAGAUUCCAGCUACUUCAAAAGCAGAGGGAUAUAUACCUUAAACGAACACGACAGACACAGCAUGAGAAAUCAUGGGUACAAGCCUCAUUUUUUUCCAAAUUUUAAUGGUCCAAAUCCAAUCCGUCAGUUUCAACCCAGUCAGGUAAAUGAAAACUGGAAGAGGCAUAGUUAUGCUGGGGAGCCAUCAGAAACAACACCAUACUUACUGCUCAACAGAGCUCUGAAUCGAACCAAUAACACUCCUGGACACUGGAGAAGGCCUUCAGAUAGUCUCAGUGUGACAUCCUCAUCACGGGGAGGCCACUCAAACCGGCAAAACACACCUGCACAGAGUUUUGCUGACCGGCUUGCCCAGAGAAAAAUAAAUCUCGCAGAUAGGAAUUCCAAUGUGAGGAGGUCUUUUAAUGGGACAGAUAAUCAUAUUCGCUUUUUGCAACAACGGAUGCCAACCCUUGAGCACACUACAAAGUCAUUCCUGCGAAACUGGAGAAUUGAAUCCUACUUAAACGAUAAUUCAGAAGCCCCACCUGACUCAAAUGGCUCCACUCUAGGUGACCGAUUUGAGGGCUACAAUAAUCCUGAGACCAUGAAAGCCAACACACUCUACACUCAUACUCGGCUACGGUCCUCUUUUGUGUUUAAACCAACUUUACCUGAACAACAAGAAGUUAACAGCUGUACAACUGGCUCCUCAAAUUCCACCAUCAUUGGUUCUCAGGGGAGUGAUACACCUAAAGAGAUCCCAGAUACCCCCACAAAUGUACAGCAUUUGGCAGAAAAACCCUUGUCUGAAUCAGUCUCCAAGCUCCCUACAGAGUCAGAAGUAUCAAAAAUGCACACCUUGCAGAUUCCUGAAAAACAAUCAGCAGUGUUAAACCAAGCGACAAAUGGCCACACAGAGCCAAACUAUAUAUACACAACCCUGUGUGUAAACAAGCAGACAGAGAACGUAAAGACUCAGAAUAGUGAGAUUCUGCUCAAAAGGCGAAGUUUUCCAUCCUUUGACCACUCAAAAGCCAAUUUAGAUCAUGGAAAUAGUAAGAAUUAUGUGUACAGUACCCUUACCAGAAGUAGAACUCGACCGCCAGAGCAGCACACUGAGGAUGUGCUGAAGAGUUCGAAAAGCAUGCACAAUGUGACCCACAGAGCAGAAGAGGAGGACGAAGAUGCCGUUAGGAGAGACCCCCCGAGUGGUUCUGCCACCAAGUCACUUUCCAUUGCUGCUUUACUUGAUGUGAAUAAAGACGAUCCCAACAAAGAACUUGUUUCAAAGAAGGAAGUUAAGGGUUCCCCGAGUUUUUUGAAAAAAGGAUCUCAGAAGUUAAGGUCAUUACUUAGUCUUACCCCAGAGAAGAAAGAAAACCUAUCUAAAAACAAGGCCCCCGCAUUUUACAGACUGUGCAGUAGCUCUGACACUUUAGUUUCUGAGGGUGAAGAGAAUCAAAAACCGAAAAAGUCUGAACCCAAAAUCGAUUCAUCUCCUAGAAGAAAGCGUUCUUCCUCGUCGAAUUCUCAAGGCAGCAUCCACAGGAGCAAGGAGGAUGUAGCAGUUAGCGCAUCUCUGGGGAUCAAUUCUCACUCAGAUCAAAGUAGGAAAAUGACACCUUCUCCAGGUCCAGUUGAAAGGAGGUAUCUGGAGAGGGCAGGAGAUGCCUCUGCACCAAGAUUUAACACCGAGCAGAUUCAGUAUCGGGAUUCGAGGGAGAUGAACACAGUUGCUGCUCUAGGAAGAAGGCCAACCUCCUCUCCAGCGCCAAAGCCCAGGGAGCUUCUGAGAUCGCAGUCAACCAACCAGCGUGUUUACAGUCGAUUUGAGCCGUUUUGUAAGAUCGAGAGCUCUAUUCAGCCAACAAGCAACACUGCAAAUACAAAUGUCAACCGCACAGAAGUCAAAUCCACAACUAUGGGCAACAGCUACGGCAGGUCCAGCCCAAUGCUGAAUUAUAAUGCAGGAGUUUACCACUCAUACCAACCCAAUGAAAACAAGUUUCGAGGAUUUAUGCAAAAGUUUGGAAACUUUAUACACAAAAACAAAUGAGCUACUUUAACUUCAAAUAGCAAUCAAAAUAUAAAAUGAAUAUGGUUGUAAAUAUUUGUCCACCGAACACUGUGCACAGAUUCUGUAACACACAGCACUUUCUGUGGUAGAGCUGGGAAAAUGAUGAGUAUGCAGCCACCGUG